UUCAAGGGGGGCAUUAUAUUGUACGCAACCAGCGUUCUUGUGAGUGAUCAGAAACAAAAUUGAUGUCCUCCUCUUAGCAGUACUUGUUAUUUUACUAGUGUAUCAAACAUCUUAAGGAGUUGUUACACAUUUAGUUGUAUUUAUGUUCAUACGGGAGUUCUUAGUGGAGUUUGGGACGUUACCAGAGACGUUAACACGUACCUACACCAUAAAGCUAGCUAGCUCUCAUGACAGUUGACGAUUGUAUUUGUAGUUUGGAAGUAAAAGACACAUCAUUCGCAAAUUUUGGCUUUGAGAAAUGCCUCCAAACAAACGCACACAAAAGAAAACGCUUAAAUUGGAGUGUGAAUGGGGUCUGUGUCAAGAGACUUUCAGCCAGAUGGAAAACUUUUGCAAACAUGCAGAGGGUCAUCUGACUGCUUUGAACAUGGAGGAAGACGAAGAGGCAGAUGGGGCACGGAACUGUCUCUGGAGAGACUGUGGUUUCUGCUCUGUGGAGGAGUCCCAAGAGCUGAGACGGCAUCUGCUCUUUCACUGUUACCACACUAAGCUAAAGCAGUUGGGUCAGCAGGUCCUUGAUGCACAGCCAGAACUUGGCAGCUGCUCCAUCGCCUACCACAACCGCAACAUCAUCCCUGAAAUCCCAGACAAUUUUAGCUGCCUGUGGGACGAAUGUGAGCAACCGCCUUAUGAAAACCCAGAGUGGUUCUAUCGCCAUGUGGAGAUGCAUAGUUUGUCCAUAGAUAUACCAACAGGAGACUGUGAGAUCCCCAUACGCUGUGGAUGGAAAGACUGCGAAGCCACCGCUAAAGGGCGACCUAAGUUGCGGGAACACCUGCGCAGCCACACCCAGGAGAAGAUGGUGGCAUGUCCAGGUUGUGGAGGGAUGUACGCCAACAACACCAAAUUCUUCGACCACAUAAUACGGCAGAGUGCAAUGGAUGGCCAGAGAUUCCAGUGUUCUCACUGUUCCAAACGUUUUGCAACAGAAAGACUGCUGAGAGAUCACAUGAGGACCCAUGUGAGCCAUUACAAAUGCCCGUUGUGUGACAUGACAUGCCCAUCACCCUCUUCACUACGCAGUCACAUCAAGUUCCGCCAUAGUAACGAGAAGCCAUACAGCUGCGACUACUGUGAAUACAGCUGUAAGAAUCUGAUUGACCUGCGUAAACACCUGGACACCCACAGCAGUGAUCCAGCAUUCCGCUGCGACGUUCCAGGGUGUGGUUUCACCUCUCGUGCACUUGGCACCAUGAAGAUACAUCACAAAAAAGAGCAUGAGGGGACUUUUGUAGCUCGCUACAAAUGCCAUGUGUGUGGCCAGUGUUUCACCCGGGGCAACAGCCUAACUGUCCAUCUGCACAAAAAGCAUCAAUUCAAAUGGCCCUCUGGACACCCCAGGUUCAGGUAUAAAGAACAUGAAGACGGUUUCAUGCGACUGCAGCUUAUUCGCUAUGAGAGUGUGGAGCUGACGGAGCAGUUGAUGAGGGAAAGACAAAAGAGGCAAGUGGAGGAUGAUGAUGAUGAUGGUCACACUGAGGGUCAGGAGCAGGAGGAAGAAUGUGCAGCAGCAGCUGCUUCAGAGGUUCGGGUAGAACUAAAAGGGGUACUUCUGGAGGAGCAGAGGACUGAGGCUCUGGCCAUCAACACUGAGGAAGGGGAUCAGGAAGACGGCAUGGUUUAUGUCCUCACGGGAGGUUUGUCACAACCAGGAGAGGACUCUGUCAUACUGCAACUCCAGGAUGGUGUUCAGCAACAAGGAAUGCAGGUGGACUGAUUUAAUAUGUAUCAUAAAUAUUGCAGGAAGUUCUCUAAUCAGUUGUACUGUUUUUCAGAUAUUUGGUAAUUGUAUGGAGAGCCAUGUGGAACUUUUUUAACCCCUUAAUGAGCCUUUAACCAUACGUCCAUAGUAGGUAGUAAGACCAUUUUUUGUGAAUUUAAUUUGCGAAUCAUGAGGACAUUUGCAAGUAUUUUUAGAAUGUUUUCUUCAUUGUGCCAUUAAGUCACUGCCUGAGACACUCAAUUUCAGAAAUACAUCUGCUAUGACCUUUAACGUUACAAGAAGGGAAUGAAAUUUAAACAUUGUUAACCUGAAUGUAUGAAGUCCAGCUAUGAAGACUCUUCGUCAUUUUGGGAAGUUAUGCUCAGUCUAUAAACUAAAUAAACAUUUGAAGCUUU